UAAACCUUCGACGCCAGCAUUAAAAUGGAAUUUCAAGCGGGAGCACCUGGCAAAACGAAUAAUCCCGCACCAACUGUCGAACAAAUUAACGCCGAUAGAAUAACGCAGUUAGCGAACAAGUACUGGGCUCCACAUACAUCGGAUUCUCAUUUGCCAUUUGACUUACAAAUUGUUGAGGACAUUUAUGUGCAAGAAAUAUGUGCCUCCAAGUUUUCCGUCAGAAGGAUUAUGAUGUUAGAAUUUAGUCAGUACUUGGAAAAUUAUCUUUGGCCGAACUACAUAGCUGAGAAGUCAUCGCGUGCACACACUUUGUCCAUUGUUGUCAUGGUCAAUGAAAAAUUUCGUGAACGUGUACAAGUUUGGGAAGCAUUUGAGAAAAAUUCAAAUCAAUUCUCUGCAUUCUUUCAACAAGUUUUAGAAACGUGCCUCGAGAAGAGCACUUUCGACUUUGAUUUGAAAGAGCAGACUGCACUAAUUAUGUUUUUAAAUCAUUGUUUUAAUUCUAUGGAAGUGGCCCUUGUCAGAGAGGAAGUAAAAAGAUUAGUCUCGUUAUCCAUGUGGGUUUCGUUACAGCAGGGACGCCGUGAACUAGAAUUUCGAAAAUAUCCAAAAUGGAGAAAAUAUUGGAAAGUGAUUAGAAAAAAGGAUGAUCCCAAACAGAAAGAGAAAUUAGAUUGGGAGAGAAGAUUUUUACACAGAUUAAUGAUCAAGUUCAUGACUAUUUUAGAAACAAUACCUGAAGAUGGUCCUGUGUUCCCAGAUAAAGUUCGUUAUUGCGAAAGAUUUUUGGAGUUGGUUAUCGAUUUGGAGGCUUUGCUACCGACUCGGCGGUUUUUCAACACGGUCAUGGAUGACUGCCACUUAGUUGUACGCUGCCAACUUUCAAAUUUGGUGCAUCGUCCAGAAGGUGGAUUAUUUGGUCAGCUUUUGGAGAUGCUGAAGUUCUACGCUAGAUUUGAAAUCAACGAGGAGUCAGGAGACCCGCUGACGGACCACGACAUGACCCAGCUGCACUACACGAAGAUCACGUCGCUCCAAAAAGCGGUUUUCGCAAAAUUCCCCGACUUGCGAACUUUUGCCCUGGCGAACGUAGCGAGCGUUGACACGAGGGAGGCCCUCUUCAAGCACUUCGGCUCCCUGGGCCAGGAGAAAUUAAAAUCUAUCGCCAGUUAUCUGAACCUGGUGCCUCCGGAGGAACGUGAAAAAUUCGAAGAUUGGUACAGGCUGGAUUUGGACUUCCUCCGUGAAUUGUUGAUUUCAAGACACGAGCGAAGAGCUUCUCAGCUGGAAGAGCUUAACGAAAUGCCUCUUUACCCGACCGAAGAUGUCAUCUGGAACGAGAGCGUGGUUCCAACGGAAUAUUUCUCAGGAGAAGGCUGUCUAGCUCUGCCGAAAUUAAACCUCCAAUUUUUGACGCUGCACGAUUACCUGCUCAGGAAUUUUAAUCUCUUCCGAUUGGAAUCCACCUACGAAAUACGUCAGGAUAUCGAAGACGCAGUGAGCCGUUUGAGUCCCUGGCGAGCCGAGGAUGGAGGCGCGUAUUUCGGCGGAUGGGCCAGGAUGGCUCAGCCCAUAACCCAGUUCGCCGUGGUGGAGGUUGCCAAGCCUAAUAUCGGGGAAAAGCGACCCUCCAGGGUGCGAGCCGACGUCACGAUUAAUCUGAGUGUCAGGAAAGAGAUCAAGUCCGAAUGGGAGAAUCUUCGAAAGCACGACGUUUGCUUCCUGAUAACGGUUAAGCCACAGAAUCCUAUAGGUACGAAGUACAGUCACAAGCUUCCCUUUGUGCCGCAAGUGGGGCUAACCACAGUGCGGGGCUGCGAGGUCGAGGGGAUGUUGGACUCCAAUGGACGCGUUAUCGAAGACGGACCCGAGCCAAGACCCAUUCUUCCUGGGGACACUCGAACCUAUCGAGUGUGGCUGGACUCGAAUCAAUAUCGCAUCGACAUGGACAACGCCAGCCACGGGAACGAGGACGUCUACGAGAGCUUCAACGUGAUCAUGAGGCGCAAGCCUAAGGAGAACAACUUCAAGGCCGUCCUAGAAACCAUAAGGGAGCUGAUGAACACUGAAUGCGUCGUCCCAGAUUGGCUGCACAAUAUCAUUCUCGGUUACGGCGAUCCCGGUGCCGCGCGGUACUCUAGGAUGCCGAAUGAAAUCCCGACGAUGGACUUCAACGACACUUUCCUCGACGUGGACCACCUGCGGCAGAGCUUCCCGGGAUAUCAGAUUAAGUUUUCUAAGGACGACCCGGAGAAAUUGGUGCGCCCGUUCCGGCUGACUUUCGAAAACGUCCUGCACAAGCAGACCGGGGAAACCGAGAAGCCCGUGAUCACGGUGGAUCCCCACGUCCCGCCCAGCCGAGGUCCUUACAAGGCCAACGAACCGAAGAAGAAUCAGAUACCCUUCACGCCGACGCAGGUGGAGGCUAUUCGAGCGGGAAUGCAGCCGGGUCUCACCCUGGUCGUUGGUCCACCCGGAACCGGCAAAACCGACGUCGCCGUCCAGAUCAUCUCCAAUCUCUACCACAACUUCCCGAACCAGAGGACUCUCAUCGUGACGCACUCCAAUCAGGCGCUGAAUCAGCUCUUUGAGAAGAUCAUGGCUCUGGACAUCGACGAGAGACAUUUGCUACGUUUAGGUCACGGGGAGGAGUCCCUGGAAACCGAGAAAGAUUUCAGCAGGUACGGCAGGGUGAACUACGUCCUCGCAAAGCGUCUCGACCUGCUCAUGGAAGUCCAAAGACUCCAGGAAUCCUUGAACGUGAAGGGCGACGUGGCAUACACCUGCGAGACUGCCGGACACUUCUUCAUGUACCAGGUUUUGACCCGGUGGGAGAGAUUCGAGACUCGGAUCAAACAGAGAUCCAGCGACAAGAACUCAACACCGAUUUCUCUAAUAGACGACGAGUUUCCCUUCCACAAGUUCUUCGACAACGCGACGCAGCCGCUCUUCAAGCGUAAGAGCCUAGAGGAAGACCUAGAGAUCGCAAGGAGCUGCUUCAGGUACAUCGAGAGGAUCUUCACGCAACUGGAGGAAUUCAGGGCAUUCGAGUUACUGAGAUCAGGGCUGGACAGGUCCAAGUACCUGCUCGUGAAGGAGGCGAAGGUGAUCGCCAUGACCUGCACGCACGCCGCCCUGAAGAGGCGCGAGCUCGUCGACAUGGGAUUCAAGUACGACAACAUCCUCAUGGAGGAGUCGGCGCAGAUCCUCGAGAUCGAGACCUUCAUCCCCUUGUUGCUGCAAAAUCCGCAGGACGGUUACAACCGCCUAAAGCGUUGGAUCAUGAUAGGCGACCACCACCAGCUCCCGCCCGUCAUCAAGAACAUGGCCUUCCAGAAAUACUCGAACAUGGAGCAGUCUCUCUUCGCCCGAUUCGUUAGGCUCGGGGUCCCUACCGUCGACCUGGACGGCCAGGGUCGCGCUCGGCCGAGCAUCUGCAACCUCUACAACUGGCGUUACAAGAAGCUGGGCAACCUGCGCCACGUGGAGAGCAGUCCCGAGUACCUGGUGGCGAACGCUGGCUUCCUCUACGACUUCCAGCUGGUCAACGUCGAGGACUUCAACGGAGUCGGGGAGAGCGAGCCCAGCGCCUAUUUCUACCAGAACCUGGCGGAGGCCGAGUACUGCGUGGCGGUUUUCAUGUACAUGCGACUCCUCGGAUACCCCGCGGAUAAGAUAAGCAUCCUUACCACGUACAACGGCCAGAAGCACUUGAUCAGGGACGUCAUAAACAUCAGGUGCGCCAACAACCCGCUGAUCGGUCGGCCGAAUAAAGUGACGACCGUGGACAAGUAUCAGGGUCAACAGAACGACUAUAUUCUGCUCUCCUUGGUGAAGACCCGCGCCGUGGGACACCUUAGAGACUCCAGACGUCUCGUCGUGGCGAUGUCGCGAGCCCGGUUGGGCCUCUACGUCUUCGCCAGAGUGUCCCUCUUCAAGAACUGUUUCGAGCUCACGCCCGCGUUCCAUCAGCUAAUGCGGCGACCCUUGAAAUUACAGAUUCUUCCCCAAGAAACGUAUCCCACUAAACGGCUCAAUGACGCCCCGCCUGAUACUCCGCCGAUGGAGAUCGAGGACAUGCCGUGCAUGGCGAAAUUCGUCUACGACUACUACAUGGACAAAGUGGCGAACAUGAAAGUACAGCAUUCUGACUCGAAGAAGGAAUGGCAGAAGCCUGGCGCAAUGCCUGCGCCGGGCAGUCCUAUUCAUAGAGUUCCUUCGCAUCCUGGGGCCGACGAUGACUCGGACGACGAGGAAGUGGUAGAACGAAGACCCGUCGUUUUGGCGGAACUCUCGAAGGAAGAAACGAUAAGGACGCGGAAAGAGAAAACGGAAAUUGAGGAAACCGCGGAGACAAGUGCUACGAUGGAAACGACAGAGAUAACGAACUUGGUAGACACAUUGGAAACGACCGAAUUGAUUGGAGGGAAAGAUAGAACCGAAAACGUAGAAGAGACGGGAGAGUCGUUAAGGACAACAGAGACGGUAAUGACGACAGAGUCGGUGAAUACGACAGAGACGAGGGAGACGAUAGAAACGUCAAAACCUUUGGAUACGGGGACAGGGAUAGAAAUGACAGAAACAGCGGAAACCUCGAAAGAGACUGAAGCUACGAGUGAAACGGCAGAGACAACGGAAACGAGAGUAGCGGAAACAAUGGACACGGCGAAGGCGAUUGAUACAAUGGAAGCCACUGAGCCAAAAGAAACAAUGAGCUCGGAAUCGACAGAAACGAUAGAAGCAAUUGAAACGACGACGGCAACGGGAGCAACGGAAACGAAGAAAACGGAAGCAACAGAAACGAUGGAGACAACAGAAGCAACAGAAACGAUGGAGUCAAUGGAAGCAACGGGAACAAUGGAGACAACGGAAGCAAUGGAAACAGUAGAAAUGACAAAAGUAGGAGAAACAGAAACGACGCAAGCGGCAAAAACGCUGGAAACAGUAGAAACGACAAAAGUAGGAGAAACAGAAACUACGCAAGCGGGAAAAACGAUGGAAACAACUGAGACAAUGGAUAUGGAAAAAACGACGGAAACAACUGAAACAAUGGAUAUGGAAAAAACGACGGACUCGGCAGAAACAACGGAUGCACCAAAGAUAGCAGAAAAAUCCGAAGAACCACCAGAAGAGACUCGAUCCCCUCAUGAUCUCAUAUCUAGAGAGAAUGAAAAUACGUGAAAUAUCAUCCAGAACAGAAAGGACGUUAAGCUCGUGUUCGUAAGUCGCAUUUUGCCUCUUUCCUCCCAUCCGGGGUAAAAUUCGCGAGGAUGGAAAGAAAGGGUGUACGUACAACGAUUCCGUGUAUAUAAAGUAACGACUGUUUUUCAAUACUC